AUGGCAGCUGCCUGCAUCUUCUGCAAGAUCAUCAAGGGCGAGAUCCCCUCGAUGAAACUCUUCGAAAGCGACAAAGUCUUUGCUUUCCUCGACAUCAACCCUCUGAGCUAUGGCCACGCCCUCGUCAUUCCCAAGUACCACGGCGCAAAACUCCACGAUAUCCCCGACGACCAACUUACAGAGAUCCUGCCCGUCGCAAAGAAGAUUGCUCAAGCGGUGAAUGCUGAGGACUACAACAUCCUGCAGAACAAUGGACGCAUCGCUCACCAGGUCGUGGACCACGUUCACUUCCACAUGAUUCCCAAGCCAAAUGAGAAGGAAGGCCUUGGUAUCAACUGGCCUCAGCAGCAAGGCAACCAGGACAAGCUGAAGAAGCUUAGGGAGGAGAUUAUGGCAAAGAUGUAA